AUGGCAUCGAUCCCUCACACUGUUCUAACAUCUGACAAAGUUGGUCCAACACAAGAAAUCUCUGGUAAAGUGUUUUUCUUAAAAGAUGGACUCGAUCAGCCGUGCGAUGUUACUUUGGUGGUCAGAGAUGGCGAGUUCAAAGCUCAUAGAAAAGUUCUUUCAGAGGCGAGUCCAUUCUUUGAAAAGCUGCUGAACAGCGACAUGAAGGAGUCCAAAGAAGGAGUAGUUCGCUUGGAGAUCUUCACCGACUCUCUUAUGAGAAGCACAUUGGAGUUUAUUUACACCGGUAAUGUACAGAUACUGGAUGAAGACGAGGCCAGAGAUUUGAUUAUGCUGGCAGAUUAUUUGCUUCUACCGAACUUGAAGAUUUUGGCGGCCCAAGUUUUAUUUCAAAAAUGUAAUAUUUCAAAUUGUAUUUCAAUUUUCCGUUUUGCUGAUGAAUAUCACUGCGAGGAACUUGUCUCUAAGACCAAAACUUUUACCCUCUCAAAUUUCACUACCAUAUUCACUCAUAAUCGUGAGAAUGUUUUGAGAAUGUCGAUCAAGGAACUUACAAUGUUGAUUUCCAGGGACGAGCUGCAUGUCAGCACCGAGGAAGAUGUGUUUAACAUCAUUCUUGCCUGGAUUCAUCACGCAAAAAGAAAGCGACAGAAUUACUUCGCAGAGUUGUUUCGUCACGUUCGACUACUUCACAUAUCGCGUGACUUUCUGAGCAAUGAUGUCGUGACAAAUGAAUUGGUCAAAGGCAAUAAAGGUUGUCUGGAUCUUGGUCAUAAAGCUAUCGGCACACUUGACUCUAAGAACUUUGACAAUCUCCCAGAUAAUCUCCAUUACACGCCUAGAAAGGUUUUUGAAAGCUCUGUUUUGAUCACUUACAGUCAAAAAUAUUUAAUGUGCUUUUUUCCCCGUGAAAAUAGCUGGUAUACUUUGGGUGACGAGAGGCCUUCAGAAUCGAGAGCUAGCCGAAUUUUUUCCUGCAAUAGUAAGUUGUACAGCACAAGAAUAGGGUCAGUUGAAUACCCACAAGAUAUCUGUAGACUGCAUAUGUCAUGCUACGAUCCCUACUCGAACGCUUGGACCUCGUUACCAGUCUCGGAGGGAAACACAUGUCUUUGGAGGAUAUUUGUCAACAAUAAAGAUGAAAUGUUUGCUUUGUUCUUGGAACGAUGUGGUUGGGAUCAUUAUCGUGGUUGGCGGAUUCGAAAUGGAAGAAGACACUCAAAACGUCUUUUCGGCCGACGAUGUGCCAAGGAAGGAACCGAAGAGAAACAUGUUUCCUUCAUUAUGCAAUAUAAACCUGAAUUACACAAGUGGAAAGAAGUCACAUCUUUCAAUCAUUUGGAUCUGAGACAGCAUUUUACCAUUGUGGCCCAUAACAAUUUCAUUUAUUUCAUAGGCGGAAUAAAAUGGCACGGACGCGAGUGCGAGUUUCUGAAUGAUGUGGACAGGUACGACCUUAACACAGACCAGUGGGAAAAACUAACAGGUCUUCAAAUAGCAAGAAAGCGGGCUAGUGGUGCUGCAGGAAACGGGAAAGUUAUCAUCGCUGGCGGUGUUAAGAGGGGAGCACAAGUGAAUCAGUGUGAAAUUUACGAUGAAGAAACAAAUGAAUGGCACCUCAUCGAAGGCUUCAACGAAGGAUCUUAUCCAAAUAGAAUUAUAAACUUCGUGACUGUCGAUGGCGAGGUGUAUGCUUUGAUUGAAAGUGUGAUCACGAAAAUCCAGACAGUAAAACACUACGACUUUGAGAGGAACAGAUGGAGCCCGAACAAACUCCUGACGAGGAUGUCUUCUGUACUGAACGUUUGUUCAAUAAGAAUUUUCAAAGGUUGGCUCGAUAAUUCAAAAUUGAAAAGUUUUGUAUCUGUUACCACUCAGGAUACGCCUCGAUCUUCGACAUCGACAGAAAAUUCUUUAGGUUCAUAG